UCUAUUCCAGAAAACAAAGGCGCCGCCAUUUUGUUAAUCACGUGACCCGUCCGCCAUUACGCCACUGCAGAAUAUCUGCAAGUCUGCGAGUCCAACGAGAGAAGAAAAUCAGAAAGAUAUAAUCUUCUUGAAAAAUAAGUGAUUUAUAUGGACGCUAAACAGAAUUUCCAACCACCACCUGAUGACGCCUCAUGGGCCAAGAAUGAUUCCAAAUUGUGGCCCAAACUCACGUAUGAGGACAUUAUUGACUUUUUAAUACUUUCAAAAGCUUAUGACGGAAAGGAAAUGAAGGCUUUUCGUGCACUGUAUGGUUACAAUUAUGUUCAAAAUGGCUGGAUGGGAGACAUUUAUUCAUUGAACGUUGACAAUGUCAGUUUCCUAAGAGCAACGAUAUCCCCUAGCCAACCAGGAGUUGGACGUUUGGACUAUAAAACAUGGGUAGCGAUUUCUGAGGACUGUUCGGUAUUGACGGGUCAUUGUAUGUGUCCGGCAGGAAAUGCAAAGAGCUGCAGCCACAUCUCUGCUCUUCUGUACGCAGUGGUACUGGCCUGGUCUAGUGGUGUAGCUGGGACAACUUGCACAGACAAAACACAAGCCUGGGGAAAAGGAGCGGCAAAAUCCUUAACCCAUGAAAAGGUUAUUGACAUAACAUUUGACAGGCCAAGUUCACAAGUGCUUCAAGACACCAGCAAAAAGUUUGCAAGUCGUAACAUCACACCGGAUACACAGCAAUUCCUAGAUCACAAGGACCUCCAAGAAAGUAUUGAGCAGUCGGCUGUGAAAGACUUAUGGAAUGUAAAAGGCACAAUGUUAUAUAAAGUGUUAAAUGCUCCUGAAGAAAGCUUUAUUGAACAAACUGACAUAAGUCAUGCCUGUCAUGACAUAAGUUCAGAUAGGCCUGUAAAAUCUUCACCGUGCCAUUCUUGUGAACAGUUCUUUAAAAAGUAUGUGCGCUUUCCCGAGAACAAAAUCAUUCAGUUGAACAGUUUAACACAAAGUCAGAAUUCUACCUUGUGGAUGGAUAGCAGGAAAUUAAGAAUUACGGCAAGUAGAGCAAAUGCUGUACCGAAGUCCAAUAGAGCCAACCCAGAUAAGUUUAUAAACAAUCAACUUUAUCAAAGGUUUAAAGGCUGUGCAGUGACACGACAUGGACAGAAGAGUGAGCCAAAAGCACGCGAGUGGUUUGAGGCUAAAACUGGACAAAUUGUGACCAAGAGUGGGAUAACUAUUCAUCCAGAUGAACCAUAUUUUGCUGCCAGCCCCGAUGGUCUUGUGGGUGAGGACACUAUAUUAGAAAUAAAAUGCCCAACCCGCCCAUUGCAGGAACUUGUAACUUCCGGGAAAUAUGACGUUACACUCAAGGAUGGUCAGCUUAUCUUAAAUCCAAAAGGUGUAAAUGGAUAUUACUGUCAGGUGCAAAUGACCAUGUUUUGUACAAAGAGGUCUCUAUGUAAAUUUGUACUAUGGACACCAGAUGAGCAGUGUAUUAUGAGUGUACCAUUUUCUAUGGAAUAUAUGUCUGGUGUAUUGCCAAGGCUUAGAAAUUUUUAUUUCCAUCACCUUCUUGUCCGUAUGACAGAAGAGCACUACAAUCAGAGGCUUAAAAUUUCUAGGGAAUACCAAAAAAUAUGUUGCUAGGAAAACAUACAAUGUGAUAUGCCAUGUCAUGUGUGGUUAAUAUAUUAUAUUAAAGCAUAUUCUACAGUCAUCCAGAUAUCUGCAUUUGGUAUAUCACAGCAGUACUAGUUCCAGUUAGGCCUCAAAAUAUGUUGUUGUUUCUGGUUAUAUUCUAAAAUAAUAAGAUUUGGUAGUUUUUUUUUAUUAAGUAUGACUUUUCGGAAAUUAGGUUUCUCUUAUACUAUAAUUUACUACAUUUUUUGUCAAGCCAAACAUUUUUACCGGAAACAAGCAUUUUUUACAUUCUUUGAAUGCUAGUCUUUAUGCUUAACAUGCUGGAUACAAUUGAUUCUGGCUUUCUGACCAGUGAAGAUCUUGAUCAGCCUGCAUAUCCAUGCAGUCUGAUCAAGAUCUUCACUUUUCGCUAUUCAGAGAUUAUCUUAUUGAUAAACAUCCCUUUUUAAAGUUUAUAUAUAUAUAUUAUUAAUGGUUCUGUCGAAAUUGAAGGAUGGACAAAUGAAAGUUUAGUAGGCGGUAGGGUAAGGGUUAUUACGGGAAAUGUGGUGCAUUGGUAAAUUCUUUGGUCGAGAGGUUCCACAUUCAAUCUGUCUCAAUCUAGCAUUCCUAGUAGAUCUAUGGACUGAUAUGCAAGAUAUGCAGUAAAAAUAAUACAAAAACAAUAAUAAAGAGAACUAUUUGUGUGUUUUAUUUAGUCUUAAUAACCAAUGUUUGUGAUUUCAUGUAACUAAACAUUGAAAUAGUAUGAAAUACAGUUUAUGUAGCAAUGAAUGUUGACUGCAGAUUAGGCUAAAUUAACAAAAAAAUUCUAGACACACGAAAUAAAAAUUUAGGUCUCUAGGAUUUCUGUUUAAUAGGAAACAUUGUUGAUCAUAAUAUGAUAUUAUGUUAUUUACAUAUAUAAUUGAGCUGCAUCAAGCAAAAAGGGACCUUAUAGUAUUUUGAUGACAUUUCUACAUUUUUGCAUACUUGGUAAGUACAUGAAAUUCUUCACAUAAAAUAUAAAUUGCUUUCGUAACAUUUUGGAGAAUAGAAUAUUUGCUACAAAGUAGAUUUUGAUGGAACUUCUCAAGAGCCGUUGUUAUAAAUUUACUCACAGGUUUCGAUUAAUUCAUGAAAUGAUUUUCAUCUACAUCUACGUUAACAACAUUUAUGUUAAGGACCUUUUUAGCCUGAUGCGGCCAAUAUGAAUCAGACGCUAUGUACAUAUAUAAUGUAUUUGAUAAAAACUGUUGAUAAAAAUCUUUGCUUUAAUUACAUGUGUACAUGUCAUUUUGUCAACUUGUUUGUUAAUAAAAUACCACAUUAAUUUCAGUAAACAUGCCUUUGAUAUUUUCAUGUCCAUUUUUAAAUCCUAGUUUCA